AAGUCGCCAAACUGGAACAGCCCAAAGAGAAAGUGAUUCCGGAUUCACCUCCAACCUGAGCCCUUCAACACUGUGUGUGAGUGAGAGAGUGAGUGUGAGAGUGAGUGUGAGUGAGUGUGUCUUUACAACUGAUAUGGAAUAGCACUUUUCGAAGCUUAACCCAACACAGAUCAAUGAGAUACACAUUUGGGCACAGAAACCGAUUCACAUUAAGAGUUUCCCCUCCCACCGCGGAUUCAGUUGCAGUGAGCAGUGAAUAAGACAACCACAACAACCACCACAGCCACCACAACAACGACAACAGCAAGAAGAAUCCAUGCCCUACUAAAAAGCCGGAGUGAACUGUUUUUAUUCCAAGGAGAGAUGAAUUUGGACCGAGCGACAGAGAGUUCGAGAGCUCCGGCUCCCUGUGACAUGGCCUCUCCCAGGUUUGUGUUACCCCGAGCGGCUGAAGGUGGCAGAGAGCGACUGGAGAACACAGCGAGUGAGUCCUCGGACACCGAGACUACAGAUAGAGACAAAUCAAUGCCGAACAAAUCAGAGGAAUGCAACGUGGAGGAUCCAUCCAAGAAGAAGAGACAACGGCGACAGAGGACACACUUCACCAGUCAGCAACUGCAAGAGCUGGAAGCCACUUUCCAAAGGAAUCGCUACCCCGACAUGUCUAUGAGAGAGGAGAUAGCUGUGUGGACAAACCUUACUGAGGCCAGAGUCAGGGUUUGGUUUAAGAACCGCAGAGCAAAAUGGAGGAAGAGGGAACGGAACCAGCAAGUGGACCUGUGUAAAAACGGAUUUAUACCACAGUUUAACGGGCUGAUGCAGCCUUACGAUGACAUGUACACCAGCUAUGGCUACAACAACUGGGCGACAAAGAACCUGGGCGCCAGCCCUCUGUCCACCAAGAGUUUCCCAUUCCUCAGCUCCAUGAACCCUCUGACUUCUCAAGCCAUGUUCUCUGCUCCGAGCAGCAUCUCCUCCAUGACGAUGCAGUCCAGUAUGGUGCACUCGGGAAUGCCAGGAAUGCCGGGCUCCAGCCUGGGCAGCAUUAACAAUCUCACCAGUUCCUCCCUCAAUUCAGCCAUGUCCUCGGCCGCCUGUCCUUACGCACCGCCGACCCCUCCAUAUGUUUACCGGGACACUUGCAACCCUGGACUGCCCGGAUUCAGACUUAAACCCAAACCCCACACCGGAUUCGGAUACAGCAGUUUGCAGAACUCAGGGACGAGUCUGAACGCUUGUCAAUACGCAGUGGACAGACCUGUGUGACAGGACAGUAAAACUGGACAACUGGC